AUGAAUCAACCAUCCAGGACUGACGACACUCUGGAACACCCAGGCUGGAACCAGAACCCGUCAGCCCUCAAUGCAGACGCAACAACCAGAAAUGAUUUCAACGGCAUAAUCAAUCUUAGAAAUCGAAGAGAUCAUUCAUUACAGACGAGCUCACAGGAUGAGUUAGCCCAGAUAGCUGUGAUACCUCCACCGCCAGAUCCAUCUUCUUCACCAAAGGCAGCAGCAGGAGGCGUCUUGACGACCACGACAGGAAAUGAUACACCGCAAUCGCGCAGUAAAGCACUCACUAUGUCCAUCUCAGUGCCCAAAUUCCUCCGUCCCAUCGUCAAAUUCGCCUCCUUUAUCGGCCCGGGUUUCUUGAUUGCUGUUGCAUACAUCGACCCGGGCAACUAUGCGACAGAUGCCGCUGCCGGCGCCCAGAGCAAAUAUGCUCUACUCUUUGUCGUACUAAUGUCAAAUUUAUUUGCUGUGUUUCUGCAAUCUCUCUGCAUCAAGCUGGGCAGUGUGACGGGCCUCAACCUUGCGGAGAAUUGUAGAGCGCAUCUUCCGAAAUGGCUUAAUAUCAUAUUGUAUAUUCUGUCGGAAGCGGCUAUUAUAGCUACUGAUAUCGCGGAGGUAAUCGGCUCAGCGAUAGCACUAAACCUCCUCCUCAAAGUUCCCCUCGUAGCAGGCUGCGUCAUCACCAUGGCCGACGUGCUCAUUCUUCUAAUCUUCUAUCGCCCACAGGGAUCAAUGUGGGGACUUCGAGCCUUUGAGUUCUUCGUCAUGCUACUUGUGCUCGGCGUGGUGGUAUGUUUCUGUAUUCAACUGUCCUUAGUUAAGACCCAAUCCGUCGGUGAAGUGUUUCGAGGAUAUCUGCCCUCGCCAGCGGUCAUCCAAGGCUCGGGACUGUAUCAGAGUUGCGGUAUUAUCGGGGCUACCGUCAUGCCUCAUUCGCUCUUUCUGGGUAGUGGAUCUGUUCAACCACGGCUUAAAGAGUAUGAUCUCAACGCUGGUUAUAUCGAGCCUUCCUCCGAACAUGACGACGAGAUAUAUCGUCCUUCGAUCCACGCUAUCCGUGGCUGCUUGAAAUAUUCCAUUAUUGAAUUGACUCUGACCUUAUUCACAUUCGCGCUCUUUAUCAACAGCGCCAUUCUUAUCGUCGCCGCAGCUGCGCUGUACGGUACCCCGGGAGCAGAUAAUGCAGAUCUCUUCGGCAUCCAUGMCCUCCUCUCGCAAUCCAYCGCMCCCGCCGCAGGCACCAUUUUUGGUCUCGCAUUACUGCUCUCAGGUCUAUCUGCAGGCAUCAUCUGCACAAUAGCCGGACAAAUGGUCAGCGAGGGCAUGAUAAACUGGACCUUCCGACCAUGGGUACGCAGAUUACUUACCCGCGUUAUCAGUAUCGUGCCGAGUGUUAUUAUAGCUGCCUCCGUGGGCCGGCAGGGGUUGAGCACGGCGUUGACAGCAUCCCAGGUGGUGCUGAGUGUUAUAUUACCAUUUGUCAUUGCGCCGCUCAUCUAUUUCACGGCCAGAAACAAGUUUAUGACUGUCCGAAACGAAAGCGUCGAUCUGUCGGAGUUGAACACUAACGCCGAGCAAGCGCAGUCGCAGCCCCAAGAAACGGCUUUUAAAAUGAGGAAUAGUUGGCCUGUGUCGGUGUUGGCGUUGAUAAUUUGGGCUGCUAUAACUGUCAUGGAUGUUGCUGCGCUGGUGUUGAUUGGCCUGGGAUUGGCGUAA